AUCCAUUAACCUCCCUAUGUUUUGUCCUUUUCCAAAUCAAAACUUUAUUCCUAACCGCAAACCCAAAUCUUUAUUCUUUGUGCGAGUAAUUUUUUUUAUUUUUUUUUUAAACCCACUUGUUUGAAUCUACCAACUAAAAUGAAGCAGUGAAAGAGUUGACCAUUGAUCUCAACUGACAAAUACAUGAAUCCUAAAGACAAGAAGCUUCAAUUUUCUAACACCCUUCUUAAGAAUAAUUCUUCUCCUUUUCCAAGCAAUGAGAGAUUUCUUUGCAGAAAAAGCUUCCCAAUCCAAACCUCCCACCACAAGAAACCAGAUCCACCGCUAACCUCUGCUUUCUUCUUCUUCAUGUCUUUCUGAAACCCUUCACCCAAAUCUUUAUAUAUAUGUAUAUAUAUGUAAAUUAAUUAAUGGUAUGGAAAAACAGCACCGCUACAUAUUCCCUCUGAUUGUGGCCGUAAUCGUCGCCCUUGGCGUCGUCUCCUUCGCCCUCUGCAUCGCCGCUGAAUUCAAGAAGUCACAGGUAGUUUUUAAUCUGGGGAGGCGAGAUUUUGUAUUCCGGCGAGAUUGGCCGGUUCUUGAUUUUCCGGCGUUGAAAAUUUUGCAGAAGGAGGAUCUCCGGCUAGACGGCGAGUUCUGUUACUUGCCACGGAGCGAGGCUUUCGGAUUGGGAAUUGCGGCUUUGGUCAGUUUUAGCGGCGCUCAGGUCGCCGGAAACUUGCUGGUCAUCGGCCGGACGUUCGUGUUGGGCAAGCGGCGCAAGUCAAAGCUCGUAAUCUUCUCCGUGGUGCUGUCAUGGGUGAGCUUUGGAGUUGCAGCUAUUUUAAUGGGUACAGGCACAAGCAUGAACAAAAGUCAGCCCUUGGGUGAAGGGUGGUUAGAUGGAGAGUGCUAUAUGGUGAAGAAUGGAGUUUUUAGUGCCUCUGCAAUUUUGAUCAUCAUUAAUGUGGCCUCUACUCUAGCUUCUGCCCUCAUUAAUACAACACAAAAGAGGCAGCUGGUUGAGCAAGCUACAAAGGUCCAUGCUCAUGGAUCAAAGUAAAAUAAUACAACACACAUAUAUACAUACAAUCUUGAUGAGGAGGAAUACAGCCCUGUCUUGGUACAAAUAUAUAUAGGUUUUACCAUAAUAUACAAUUCCCCCUCAAAUUGUUUGAACAAGGGUUUAUAGUGAAAUGUUACCCAAUAUUUUGGCAAUAAUGAAUUGAAAGAUGUGUUUUCCCCCC